AGGAAAGGCGAAGAGCAGAGCAGAGCAGAGCAGCCGCAGCAGCACCGCACCACAGCCAGGCCAGGCGACGGGGAACCCCCCCCCCCCCCUCCGUUCCCGAUGUCCUCCUCCGAGCUCGCCUGCGACGGCGCGGACCUCAUCUGCUCGCUGCCGGAGGACGUCCUCGCCCUGAUCUCCGCGCACCUCCGCCCCCGCGACCUCCUCGCGCUCUCCGCCGCCUCGCGCCGCCUCCGCGACGCCCUCUCCGCCGGCGGCGCCGACAAGGCGUGGCUCGCGCAGUGCCGCCGCCUCCUCCCCUCGCCGCCCCACCUCCUCGCCUGGCGCGCCGCCGCGGGGGGAUCGUCCCUCGCCGUCUGCCGCUUCCUCCACUCCGCCGCCCCGCUGCUCGGCCUCUGGGUCCACCAGAACCCCGAGCUCGGCAACCUCGUCGUCGCGCUCCCGGGCUUCCUCUCCCUCGUCGCCGUCCGCUCCAUCCCGCAGGAGCUCUCCCCGCGCCUCCGCUGGGCCCCCGUAUUCGAGCUCCUCGCCGACGCCGACGGCCGCCCGACCAUCCUAUUCCUCCACGGCCACCAUCCCGGCGCGCUCUUCCCCGGCCUCAUCUCCUCCCUCCACCCCCACGCCAACGUCCUCUUCCUCGACGCCCAAACCGGUCAGGAUCCAGUCGCCUCAUCCUCCCAGUUUGUCCGCCUCGCGUUCGGGGACCGCCGCCGCCUGCUCGACUUGCUCGUCGCCGCCUGCCGCGUCAAGCUCCCGCCGGACCUCGCCGCGGCCCCGCUCUUCGCGCGCUCCGAUGAGGACCUCCCGGUGCUCGCCGCCCGCCGGGAGGCGAUGCUGCGGCUGCACAGGGAGUCUGGCGGGGGCCUGGUGCGCACACCGGAGGUCCAGGGGCUUCUUCUGGAAGCCAACAAGAAGACUACGCCGUCUCCGUGCGACGGUGGGGAGAGAAUUCGGCUUCCGAGGAGUCUCUCGGCGGUAGCAGGGUACGUCAGGAAUGGGCUGCGGCAGAUGGUGACGCGGUCAGUGUCGGCGAAUUCGAGGGCUGAGUACGCGGACAGCAAACAUCUGGCAUUAGACGAGUUCUUGCGCACCGGCGAGAGUGUCAGCCUGAGCAUCCGUGGCGCGCGAAUGCGCCUGUCCACUUAUCACGCGUGGCCGAGCAUGCAUGACAACCGGUUUGCGCUCUACAAGCUCACGGUGCAGGCAACUAUGCCUGGCUGGGAGUAUGCCGGGCUGUGGGGAGGCACAUUCGGGUGGCCACCAGGGCGACCGGAGGAUGAGUGCAAGCCCGGGAAGCCUCUGUUUUUUUUGCUUCUCACAUAUGAGGAGGACAGUGAGGGGAAGCUUCUGCUGAUCGCAACCAAGGUGCUGGAGGGAACACACUAUGUUGUGCAUCCGAACGGGUCGUCAAUGUUUAUUGUGAGGAUGGGUGAGCCAUCAACGGAGGCUUUUCCAUGGAGGACUGACAGGGAGUCCCACAAUGUGGGUGUCGAGAGAAGCUUUGCCGGGGAGGGCAUUGCCAAUGGUUACGGCUUCAGGUACCCUGGCUCAAAGCCCGGAUCCCUGUUUGUCCUCCAGGAUGGCCAGCUUGCAUUUGUUUGGAGAGAGACUGGGGCUGUGCUCACCUUGAGAAGACUGGACUUAGUGGAGCUGCUGAAGAAGGGGGAGCGUGUGCCUGCAUUGCAGCCGAUUUUGAACUUCGCAUACCUCACAAAGUCUUACUCCAAUGUGUUCACUGGGUUCCCUGGCAGCUCAGGAUGCUCAUCUUCUCCCAGGUAAAACCGUAAAAGACAGGAGUAGAGGAUUUAUCAAAUGAUGACCUGAUGCAGAGCAACAGGAGAGAUGAUGUGCUAAGGCCUGUUUCGUUUCUGGAGGUUCGCCGUCACCACUUCUUGAUGAGAUAUUCUCGCUGCUGCCAAGGGAAGGAAAUAGCACCAUACCCCAUAUUCCUUAUUAUUGUUGUUUUUUAUCACGCUUUUAAAAAUUGUCGAAAUGUGGCACGAAUGAGCUGCCAUUUGACACUUAACCCAUGGCGUCAGUUGUUACUUAAAUGGCAUUAUUUGGAGAGUAAAGUAAAUUUAUAUGAAUUUUGUGCA